AAAAAUCUCGAGUCUAUAAAAGAAAAUAUAUCGGUAAACUAAAAAAUAUGAUGUAAUAAUCUGCUUUGGCUUGGCUCUCUUUACUACAAGACAAGGCAGGGAAAAACCACAGAUUCCUAUGAAAGAGUAGACGUACCUGUCUGUUUAUUAUAAUUACUAUCUCUACGACUUUUAUUUACUUUCAAUACAAAAAAAACUCCAUCUAUAUCGCCGUUUUUGAUUUAUCAAAUCCCUAUGUAUACAAAAUAAAUAUAAUAUACAAAAUAAAAUAUCCAUCCACGUUACCAUAUCAAAGUCCCUUACUCAAGAACCCUCCAUUCUAUUUAUAUGUGUGUAUCUCUUCAGAAACAGUUGGAGUCUCCUUAGGGUUUCAUUAAAAGUUUAAGAUCUUUUCUUCAUGGACAUUCCGUACCACCACUAUGACCACGGAGGAGACAGCCAAUAUCUUCCUCCGGGUUUCAGGUUUCAUCCGACAGAUGAAGAGCUCAUCACUCAUUACCUCCUCCGUAAGGUCAUCGAGGGCUGCUUCUCAAGCCGUGCCAUCGCAGAGGUUGAUCUCAACAAGAGCGAGCCUUGGCAACUUCCCGGGAAAGCUAAGAUGGGAGAGAAAGAAUGGUAUUUUUUUAGCCUCCGUGACCGGAAAUAUCCGACGGGACUGAGAACAAAUAGAGCAACGGAGGCUGGUUACUGGAAAGCUACCGGAAAAGAUAGAGAGAUUUAUAGUUCAAAGACUUGUGCACUUGUUGGGAUGAAGAAGACUCUUGUCUUCUACAAAGGACGAGCUCCUAAAGGAGAAAAGAGCAGUUGGGUUAUGCAUGAAUAUCGUCUUGAAGGCAAAUUCUCUUACCAUUUCAUCUCCAGAAGCUCGAAGGACGAAUGGGUGAUCUCUAGGGUUUUCAAGAAAACCGGGUUAGCUACUACCGGAGCCUCAGCAGGAGCAAGUAUUAGCGUUAGCAAUGGUACUGGUACGUCUAAAAAGACAAAAAUACCCUCGAACAUCUCCACAAACUACCGUGAGCAACCAAGCUCUCCUUCCUCCGUCUCACUUCCUCCUCUCCUUGACCCCACCACAACCCUCGGCUACACCGACAGCAGCUGGUCCUACGACAGCCGUAGCACCAACACACCGGUCAUAACCACCGCAAUAACCGAGCACGUGUCCUGUUUCUCCACUGCCACUACUACAACUGCCUUGGGCUUAGAUGUUAACGUCGACUCAUUCAACCAUCUUCUACCGCCUGUGCCGCCUGGGUUUGACCCUUUUCUUCGCUUUGUCUCAAGAAACGUCUCGCCUCUAUCUAACUUUAGGUCGUUCCAAGAGAACUUCAAUCACUUUCCUUACUAUGGGUCGUCUUCGGCAUCCACCAUGACCACCUCCGUUAACCUGCCUUCUUCCCACGGUGGCACCGGAAUGAACUACUGGCUACAGACAACGGCGGAAGAAAACGAGACAAAGGCCGGUCUGCUUAAUGGUGGACUUGAUUGCGUAUGGAAUUACUAGUCACAGAAAGAGGCGUUAACUAAUAAUUGUGUUCCCGUUAGGGUUUUUUAUGUUUAAAUUUCUAGGAUGGUUAUGAUAUUUCUAAGUGUGUCGAGGAGCUUAAUAACGCCCCUAGCUUGGUGUUUUUGUUUAAUUAUGUAGUUUUGUGUAUCCGGCCGUGUUAGUAUAAGGUGCUCAAGAAAGUGUUUUGUGGACUAUUUAACGUCUGUUUAUCGUCGUUAUGUAUUAAUGUUUAUGGUUAUGUUGAUUAA